AACGUCGCGCACUGCACUGGGAAAGCUGGGGAAGUCCAGAGUGACCGGAUGGAGCAUCGGGCCGGGGGAAUUUUAGCGCACGGGGCGCACGAAUUCAAAUCUAACGGAACGCAGCGCGCGAGCGCAACCGGGACGCAGCAACCGUUAGGGGCGGGAACUCGGCUCGGCUCGGCCCGGCCGUCUGACGGCGAGAAUGUUCGCCGGGAUGCAACUAAUGACCGUCUCAGAUUCGCCUUCCCGGUUGGGUCCCGUUCCCAGCAGCGGACGUGGGACUCAAAAACAGCCGCCGCAGGAAAGAGAUCCGAUAGUGACUGGAGUCCAUUCCUGCAAAAUAAAGCUCUCAAAGAGACCGGGAUAUAUGCGGAAGGAUGGUGAACAAAGGUUAAGCCAUCCCAUGCCAGCUGGUAUUCAUUUGGUAUCACAAAACAUUGGAAAAGAAACCAAGACUUGUACAGACUUGUUUUUUGAUAUUAAUAAACAGGAGAAGCACAAAUUGAAUAAUAAACAUCCAAAGAGAAACAAAAUUGCAGAAUAUCAGAAUAUAGUUUCAGAUCACUUACCUGCCAGAAGUCCUGUGGUUGAAGCUAUGAUUGCGUUAGAAAGUGUUCAACAUUCCAUUGACUCUAACUAUCAAUGGACUGACAGUCAAGAGGGCUCAUUUUAUACUGGAAUUAAUACUUACUCCAAGCACUUGUCAACAGGUGAAUUACAGAAGAAGGAUGCUUGCCUUAAAUGGUGUGAAAAGGAAAGAGGUAUUGAUGUAAACAAGCCACUAGCUGUUACACCAAAUAAACAAGUGGAUGGUGAGAACAUGCAAAGACAGCAGCCUUGGGGCAAAGAUAAAGAAAUGGAUUCUGCUAACACUUUCAUUUCCAACUUCAAUUUCAUACAGAUAUCAUCAAAUUCUAACAAUACCACUGUUGAAAAUAGAGAUGAACUACAGCAGAAUAGAUUUGUUUUUGAGUUUCCUAAUGCAGAUAUGAGACAAUAUGAUACUAAUACAUUAGGAACAAAUCAAUUCUGUCCCAAAUCGUUAUGGACGGAUUUUGAGACUCCUUGCUUGCACACAUGUCAAAAUUAUGGCAUUAGUUGUGGUGCUGACACAAAAUCAGAGAACAGACCUCAGGAUUAUGACACCCUCUCAUUAGAUACAGAUACUUUUUUGGGUUCAGCUGAUUCUUCUGAUGGCUCUUCUGCUGGUUCAUCUGCAACAUCAGGGUAUGAGAGCAGUAUCACGGUACUUGAUCAGAACUGUUAUUCUUUAAUAAGGAAAUAUGAACCAAUUCUUCAAGAUUGCCUCCUUGAAAACAGAAUGAAGUUGAAGCUUCAAACUUUGAUCUUAAAGCUACAGACACUUCAGAUGAAGGCUGUUCAGGAUGAUGAUUAUGAGAAAGCUGACAAGUUCAACAAGAAGCUAUCAGAGUUGAAGAGAGAGCAGAGUUCCUUAAAAUUCCAGCUGCCUUCCUACCAUCCUUGUAUUGUGAAAUUUCUACAAAAACUUGAACUUCAACUGCAAGUUGCUGAGCAUCAAAAUGAUUGUAUUUUAAAUAAGAAUGAAGGGAAUUUCUCGAUGGGAAGUAAUGAAGAUAAAUAUUCCGAUUCAAUCUACGAUAACCUACAGAUAUCAUGGUCAAGGAGAAGUCAGCUUAUUCAAGAUAGACGAGACAUACAGAGCGAAAUUGCGGAUAUUAAGGAGCGUCUUGCAUUGUUGGAAGCCAGAGACCAUCAACUGAGUAUAGAAAUAGAACAAGGAAGCAGAUUAAUAGAAUCAUGUGACAGUGAAUUUAUUUCUUUACCAACCACAUCGCCUAGUGAAUUGCACGACCUGCAUAAGACAUUGGAAGAUGUUCUGCCUUUAAGAAAUAAAGUCCUUCUCAAUGCAGAACUGCCUGAAGAUAUAAAAAGGCUUCAGAGAAGAGAACAUAUGUUAAGUAUGGCUAUAAAGACAGCUGCUUCCAAAGUCUGCAGCAGUCAAAAGCUGUGCAGUAACUUCGGCAAGAAAGUAAGCGAUAUUGAAACACAACUUCUAACUCUCUUGGAAGCCAAAAUGUUAGCCAUAUCAGGCCAUGAAUUCUCAACUGCGAAGGAUUGCGCCGAGGAGAUCAAAUCUUUGACUUCCGAUAAAGCUAGACUAGAAAAAAUUAUCAACGAUUUGCAGGGUUUAAUCAUUAGUAACAGUCAACAGCUUGAAGCGAUCAAGGGGGAUUAUAGCAGUUUGAAAACUGAACUGGAGCAGGAAGAAAGGCUCUUUGAGAAUAACCAGAGAAAAAGCAUUGUAAAAUAUAUGGGAGUUCUGGAAGACAAACUUCAUAGUUGUGGAACCCAUUUAUUUGAGAAAGUGUGGGAAGCAGACUUGGAGACCUGUCAACUUUUUAUCAGAGGUUUGCACCUGAAAGAGUCCAGUUACCAUGCCUGUGAGGAGGAAGAGUCCCGAACAGGUGAAGAAGAUGAAGCCAUUGAAGUUGCAUGCUCAGAUAUUAAGGAUACAGGAGAUGUAUUUUCAAGUGAACAAGAUGGACAUAAUAUACAGUGCUUUGUUCCAGAUCAAAAAGAGAUUGAUUCAAGUGAGAUAUCAAUGAGAUGUUUUCUCAGCACCAAAGCUUCACAGUCAAAGGUUGCCUAUAAGGAUUCUGCAGCGGACAUAAGGGAACAGUGUGAAGGUAUUAGUGACAGGCUGGUAUGUUUGGAAGAGCAGUUGCAAGUGGCUGUAAACAAUCAUGACGACAGGCUCACUCAGUAUCUACAAAGAGAAAUCCAGAUGGUGAAAAAAGCACUGCAGGGAAUUUUGAAACAGCUUCUGUCUUUGGAGGAAGAGACAACAGAAGAUUUUGCAGAUAACAUCUGCGGACUAACGAAAAAAUUGCUGGAGGGCAAAAUCACCUAAUAUUAACUUGCAGCUUUCCAAUUUUAUUAGCUGUGAUAUUUUGGGAUGGGUUUAAUAAUUACUGUAACAAAAAUUGACAAUCAUUAAUAAGCACUUGUUUGUGAAAAUUCUAGAGCCAGCAUCUAAAUUUUGUAAUAUGAAUUGACAUAUAUUGAUAAUUGUUUCUAAUAUUAUUAAUUGUAAAACUUGUUUUUGUUUUGUCUAAAAUAGCAGAAAAUAUUGAAAAAGCUUUCCAUGUUUAAUUUUUUUUAAGUUUUCAAAAAUUUCAUGUGUUAAAAAAAAAGGUGAGUGUCUAAUUCAGGUUUUCACGAUUUUCUCUACUACGUUAUUUGAACAUUUUUGACUUCUGAUUGUUAAUAAUGAAGAUGAUCAAUGGGGCAUUUUGUACUGGGAUUGUAGGAACAUCAUAGCGCUCAAAGUUCAGCGUAAACGGUUGGGCUAAAUCAACUUCCAUUUCACGAAUGUAAAAUCUUGUUUUCUAUCAUUCAGUAAGACUGCAUAGGAAUAAAACAAGCAUCUUCCUUUUUUUUCAGGAUCAAAGGAGCUAGUUCUCUAGUUUGCACCAAAAGGUAGGAAGUGAGCUAGGAAAAAAAAAUCAUCAUUAGAGACCCAAUGUAUCAAGUCAUUUGGACCCAGCAUCUUGACCGUUUUCUGUUGUGUAAUACAAUUUAAGUGGAAUAUUUCUUAAAAUAUCCUAAUAUGGCAUUGAUCUGACAGGGUGACCAACAAAUCAAAUUUCUGCCUUUAUUGCAGAGGUAAAGCUUUGAAUACAUAAUUAGUUUGUCAGAUUUUAAUGCUUCAAUUCUGAAACACAUGCUUAUUUGCUUCAAAUAAUACUUCAGUCAUGUUGCAAGUAAGAUUUGAGGCUGUUUAAAUAGUUUCAAUUGAAACAUAUGUUGACACUAGCAUUACCUCAGAUACUUCAGACAGUGUUUAGAUUAUUGCUUGGUGCUAGAGAUUCAUAUUUCCCAAGAACAUGAGAUGAUAUUCAAAUACUGUAUAGGCAAAGUUUAUUAUUAAAGAAGGGAUCUAAACUCCUUUUCUUGGAUCUAACAGGGGUACCAAAGUACCUAUCACAAUUACACCUUGAAUCCAUAAAUUACUGUUUCAUUAAAGUCACCAGGUAGACAUUAGAAACCUGGAAGGUGUGUUUGAGUUUAUGAACUCAGUUUGAGUUAAUUCGGUACCUGAAUAAUGCAUUGUCCAAAAUAUUUUCCAAUAUCCUUUUCUCCACAAUUAUUUUUUGACCCUAUUCCCAGAAGUUGACAAGGUAAAAUGUCUUCAUUUAUCAUAAAAUAUUCUGACAAAUAGCUUGUAUAGCUCAUCAGAAAAUAGCAGGGAUUUAGUUGUGCUGGAUACCUAAUGUUUCCAACAACAUAAAAAGGAACAAAAACACAAGCCUUCCAUCUGAUGUUGGAGAUAGCCAUGGAUAUUGGAUUCCUCAUACCAGGUGUUAAUACAUCUUUUCUCAUUAAGGACUUCAAAGGAGUGAACAAAAGGAAAUCAUAUCAGGGUUCAAAUCAGUAAAAGUUAGAGGAAACCAGACUACGAGAGUACUAAAUGGGAAUCUUAGGGAAUCCAAGGCAAUAUGCCUAUCUAAGUCCGGCAGGUAGCAAACUGUCUAGCCUCAUGGCCAGGCAUUAACUAGAAAUCCACUAAAAGGUUCAAUACGAUACCCGUCCCACUAAUUCUGCAAAUUCUUAAGGAUAUAAUUGGAAGUUACUAGUGGAUAGAAUAUCAGUAUAACUGCUAGGAGCAUGGCCUGUGCACCUUUGAGGAGGUUAAUAUUUCCAAAAGAGGGACUUAAUUGUUAUCGCCCAACAUUGGUAUAGCACAACAUAACAAAAGAUCAUGCUUGUGAAUGUACAUGGGCUUAAAAGUUACCGUUUUGUAAUUCUAAAAGUGUAAUAUAAUGCCCUUACGAUUUUAGGUUGCACCUUGAUCUUACACUUGUAGCUGUAACUUUGUAUUCCAGAGUGUAUAACUUCAAGAAAGAUGGGUAUAUGAUAUUAUAUUUGCUCAUCUUCAAACUAUAUAAACAAUUUGUUGCAAUGAG